AUGUUCGUACAAAUUAUUCUUUUUAUAACAUUUAUUAAUGAGAUAAUAGCUAGUGAUAUUGUUGAAGAACAAAAGAAAGAAGGAUAUCCAUGGUGUGAUAUUGAUAAGAAUAUGUCAUGGUGUGAUAUAAAUGACGAUGGAAUUAUUUAUCUAAUAGAAGACAAUGAAAAGGCAUGUUAUUAUGAUGAAGAUAAAUGGAGAGGAUGGAUGAGUAGAUGUAAUGAAAGUAAUGGGAUAUGGAAAUAUGAUGAAUUUGUUAUCCAGAAAGAUUGUUGUGGAAAAGAUUAUCAAGAAGCACCGUAUAAUAAUGAAUUAGUAAUUAUGGACACAGUUCGUGAUACAAACAAAGUUAUUAAAUUUAGUGCACAAACAACAGCAUAUUCAAGAGAAUAUCUAAACCUUACAAUAUAUGAAACAUUUAAAGAUGUUCAAUUAAAAUUUCUAUUAGAAUAUAUGUUAGAGAAUAGUGUUAUUUCAUUAUCACGUUCAACUGAAAAUAAUGAAAGAAAUCCAAGUAUUUUUGAAAUAUAUUCAAAUUCAUUUGAAAUAAAAAUAUUAGAAACAAGUCAGCCAGAAUAUGUUUUAUUAAAAUAUAAUAAAGUUAUAACACCAUUUGUUAAAGUAACAGGAGAGGCAAAUAUAAUAGUUGAAGAUAAUAUAAUUCAAGAAAAUGAUCCAUGUGAAUAUAGAUUUACUUCAAGUAAAGAUAUUGAAUUAUUUAAUACAAUUAAUUCAAAUAAUAAAAUAGAAAUAAUGUGUUCAUUUAAUGAAUAUAAAAGAAUGGCAGUAUGUGGUAAAAAUGUAGAAAUAAUUUCAAAUUGUAAUUGUGAAUAUGAAAAUCAUGAGUAUCUUAAUAAUAUGGUUGAUUGUUCAUAUUUUAAUGAAGAAUUAAUUUUUUUUAUUCAUGAAAGUCAAAUUGAAACACCAUUUCAAACAAGAUGGAAAAGUUUUACAACAAAUGGAAAUCCAACAACAUUUUAUAUUGAAAAAGGAAGAAAUAUAACAUUUAUUGGUGAUGUAUAUCUUCCAAAAACACCAGUUUAUUUUGAAUAUGGAAAAGUAAUUUUUGAAGGAACAAUUUAUUUUAGUGAUGAAGAUGGAUUAUGUGAUUUAGGAGAAUAUAAUAUAAAUAAAGUUAAUAUUGAUAAAGUUACAAAUAAUAGACAUAUUCUUUUUGUUGGUAAAUGUGGUAUGGGACAUGAAAAUUGUCAAAAUUUCAUUAAUAACAAUAAAUUUAAAGAAGUUAAAUGUGGAGGAAGUCAAUCAAGAAUAUUAAAAGAAAGUAGUCAAUUAAAAUGUGAAUGUGAACAAGAAAAUGAACUAAAUUAUAUUCAAAGUGAUUGUGAAUUAUUUUCUAUUCAUAAAGAAUAUUCAUAUGAUUUAUUUAUUAAUUAUAAUUAUAAUGGAGGAAAUAAUAUAAGGUAUUGGAAUUCAAUUACUGUUAAUAAUAAUAGUAUUGUAUUUAAUGGUUCUAAAACUAUUGUUAAAAAAAUUUGUGACUUUACUAAAGUAGAAAGAUUAGAUUUAUUUGGUUAUUUAAGUUGUAAAGAACUUCAUUUAAAAUCAACAACUAGAAUUAUUGGACAUGAAAAUACUGAAUUAAAUACUUAUUCUAUAUUUAUUGAUGGUAAAGUUAAUAAUUUAAAUAAAGAUGCUCUUAUUCAAAUAGGAAAAGGAAAGUUUUUAUCUGAUGGUUCUACAUUAUUUACUUUUACUGAAGAAAUUACAGAAUGUUUUGAAUUAGUAAGUUCAUUACAAGAAUUAAGUAAUUCAAUUAAUUCAGAUAAAAUAAAUCAAGAAGGAAAGAAAUAUAUUAAUGUUCAAGUAAUAGAUAAGAUUGUAAGAAUUUGUCCAUAUGAAAAAAUAGAUAAACAAGUAAAAUGUGAUGUAAUAGAAAAUACAUUCAAAACAUUUAAUUAUGAACAAUGUCCAUGUAAUGGAGAAUAUUGUUAUUUUUAUUUAGAUAAUUUAAAAUAUAAUUCUUUAUAUUUAGAUGAAACAAAUAAAAUUACUGGUAAUAUUGUUUUAUCAAAAAAUUUUACUAUUAAUUCUAUUAGAGGAGAAGCUUUUAUUUAUAAUAUUCUUUUUGAUGACACUCAUUCUAAUUAUGUUACUUCUAUUAAUGGUAAUUGUAUUUUAUCUUAUACUUCUCAUAUUCCUCAAACCUUUAUUUUAAAUGGAAAAUUAACACUCUCUAAAACAACUUCUGCUCAUAUUAUUUCAAAUACAAAUAGAAGUUCUAUUGUUUUUCAAAAUGAACCUUCUUAUCUUAAAUUAGAUGCUUAUGUUAGUACUUCUGUUGAAAUGAUAAAUGGAAUAGUUCAAAUGGGAAAUAGAAGAUUAAAUGAUAUGAAUGGUAUUGUUAUUUCAAAUUCAUAUAAAGGUUGUUUAAUUGGCUAUUUUGAAGAACAUAAAUUUUCUUGUAUUACUUGUUCUGAUGGUCUGUUUACAAAUAACUGUUCUUCUUCUACUAAUGUUUUAUAUUGUCAAUCUUAUAAUUCAUUGAAUCAAUGUAUUGAAUGUGUUAAUG